UUCCCCGGACAAGGAGUUAUUUAUCUUUUAGUAUAUCAUAUACUUUUUAUAUUAAUGAUGUGGAGUUACUUUAAAGCUACUUUCACAUCACCUGGAUCCCCGACCGAAACUAGAAAAAUUUCAAAUCUAGCAGAUUCAACAUCAUCAACAUAUAUACCACUUGAUCAACGUCGUUCAGAUUCAGGAGAAAUAGCAAGUAACAAUAGUCAAGAACAACAAGAUGACUCCCAACGACGACGACAAACGAAAAAUUUGGUUGUUUUAAAUGAGAACGGGGAUCCUAUAUCACUUGGGUAUAUUAUGGUAAAACAAAAUGGGGAAAGACGUUUUUGUAAUAAAUGUGAUAUUGAUAAACCUGAUAGAACUCAUCAUUGUAGAGUUUGCAAAAAUCAUUGUCCAUGGUUAAAUAAUUGCAUAGGACAUCGUAAUCAAAAAUAUUUUUAUUUAUUUCUUAUAUGGGCAACAUUAUAUUCAUUUUUCAUUUCAUUAACUACAUUAAUUCCAGUAAUUAAAUAUGCCCAAUCAACUAGUGAGCCAGUAAUAGAAAUUGACUUAAAUUGGACAUUUUUAAUAUUACUUGGAGGAACUACUUUAGAAAGUUUACAAAAACAUAAUUAUAAAAUAAAAGAAGAUGGUGAUGUUACUACGAGCAAAUAUUUAAAUUUAUUUGAUGUUGGUAAUAAGAAUAAUUGGAUUCAAGUUAUGGGACCAAAAUGGUAUUUUUGGUUUAUUCCCAUUGGAAAUUCAUUUGGGGAUGGAAAAUCUUGGCCAUUAAACUCUUAUAGAUAUAGUACUCUAUGUGAUUCUGUAGAAAAUUUAAAUGAUCCUACCCAAAUAGUAUAAUAUAGUAUAAUAUAGUUAAUUUAUUUUAUUGUAUCACAUGACUUUAAACUUUAAUGUAACACAAGAAAUU